UGUACCACCUUGUAGGGUGUGUACAUAUGACGGCAGGUGUCUAUAAACUGGUUGUUCUGCAGGCGGCUCUCAGUGAGAUAGGCACCAUUCGGUCCCACAUCUCCUGGGCACUUCAGUGCACUGCAGAAAUAUCCUAAGGAGGCUCCUGUGCACCUCACAAGCUUAACAAGAUACUUGUCUGCUCAAGAGUGAAGAUUGCUGCAUAGUCACAUCUCUAAGGACUAAUUAUAGAGAGUCUGCUAUAUGUCAAGCAGCAAUCACAGAACAGCAGAUAAAAAAGGAUACAGAGGCACAGUUGCUUAUUGGAGGGGUUUCAAUUCCAAUACAGACAUUGUGGAUGCCAGGUGGGUUUUGAAAACUCAUUUGACUCAUCUACCUGCUAAAUUUUGAUACUAAUCCAGAAUCUCUACUCUGUGUCAUGUUCAAAAACUUCAAACUCCCGUGACUUCUUGCUCUUUUAGAUUCACAUUCUUUCAUGCACAUACCCCAUUGAGUUUUGUCUGUAACCUAACCUUUCAUUGAAUUACUUUUCACACUGAAGAACUGAGGAACACAAGAACCAAGUGACCCAUUUUUUACAUUUUGUACAGUGAUUACUUUCACGUUUGUAUAAUGGGGACUUUUAUUGGACACAUUUCUCCUGGACUAGCAUUUUUAUCUUUUGGACUAUUGUAUGCUGUCCGCUACUCCUGGAUGGUGUUAAAUGGAUGUCGGGUUCAAUAUGGUCCUCGCACCAACACAAACAAAAAAUGCUGGAAGUCAUUGCCUAUAGAAGCAGUAAUGAAGUUGGUUUAUGGCUUUAUGGCUGUUUUAGCUGAGUUUUUCUUUCCUCUGGGAGUCCAGAAAUUACGCUUCUUCCGAUCAGAUGAUCCAGAAUAUCGCUUUCAACACCCAAGUGAAUGGCAACAUGCUACCAUGUAUGGGUACUUCUGCCUAAGUGGGGUAUUAGAUAUUGUGAGUCAGUCAUGUCUCCAAAAACGUUGUCCAUUGCUUGAACACACUGGAACAACUGCUGCUUUUUUCAUUACAACAUUGCUCCUCAAGUUCCAUGGUCACGGAAAAGAGGCAGUGGAAGUACAAGUCCACCAUCUUCUACUGCUCACUACUGCUGUGACUUGUCUGAUAAUGAUUGUGGAAAUCUGGCAGCCAAACCACCCUCGACUUUGGUUUACAAAAGCCUGGCUAGUGACUGUGCAAGGAACAUGGUUGCUUCAUGCUGCCUUUAUUUUAUAUCGUCCACCAACAGGACAUGCUUGGGACUCGGGAGACCCUGCUAAUCUCAUGUUUCUCACCACUUUUUACUGUUGGCACCUGGCUCUGGAUGCAGGGCUAAUGGGUGUACUGUUUUGGCUAACUCUUAUUGUGCACAGGCGGUGGGGUAACAGAUUAGGAAGGGAUUGUUACCAGCUAGCUGGGGAUAAAGCAGAACUGGCAAAGCUCACUGGAGAGGAGGGAGAUGAGGAAUUGUAAUUUGAUUAUUAAUAUAUUCCA